UGAGGUCUAAUGAGUAAAGGAGAGACCAGAAGAGAGAUCUGUAUGAAGACUGAGCUGUUGAAAGAUAUCACCAACAGCAAGGAAGAAGGAUUUAAUGCUAUGGCAGCAGAUGAAAAUGCCAUAGAGAAGCAAGUUGGGGAGCCAAAGAUGGCCCCCGAAGGCGAAACCAAUGGCUCCUAUGAAAGCAACGAAGCCAAGAGCCACCCAAAUGCAGCUAAGAACACUCAGGACAGUGUAAAAGUGAGCCAAGGGGACUCCACUGCGAAACUGAGCAGAGUAGCGGAGAAUGGCAUUUCUGAGAGAGACGGUGACUCUGGAAAGCAGAACCACAUAAAAGCAAACGAUUUCAUGCAUACUUCGGUCAUGGGGAGCAAUGGCUACAUUUUACCGAAGCAGAUGGCUAAGGGGCCGCCCAAACGGACUUCUGGCGGGGCUUUUGCCACGAAAACACUUCCCGCAGGAGGAGGCAAGGCGAAGGCGAUGAGCCCCUUCUCCCAGGCACAGGCUGCUCUGCCAGCUAAGUCUGGGGAGGGUGGGAAUGAAAUGGAGGCUAAGAAAUCAACAGCGGUGCCUGCCGCCAUCAAGAUCCACAGAGCUCGAAAGACGAUGCCCAAGCCCUCCUCUAGCCUGCACACAAGUAAAGACCCCAAAGAAACACCCAAGGAAGAUGGAAGAAGGGAGAUUUUGGAAUUUGGGAAGCCCCUCUCUUUGCCCCCUGUUCCUGGCCUUCAUUCAUCUCUACCUCAGAACCAGAGCUAUGUGGCAGCAUCAAAAUCACAAACAGCUGCUUCAGUAUCUAGGAAGAAGAAGCGAAGAAUGGGAACGUACAGCCUGGUUCCCAAGAAAAAGACCAAAGUUUUGAAACAGAGGACUAUGAUUGAGAUGUUCAGGAGCCUUGCCCAUUCCACUUCAGGUGGCAAGGUUGAAAAGGGUGAUGCUAGCCCUCAUGUGAACGGGGAGAGCUUAGAUGCGGAUUCUGAAGAAGAGGACUCAGAUGAACUGGAAGAAGACAAUGAACGUGGAACUGAGCAGCAGGCUGCCUUCCCUGCAGAGGAGAACAGAAUGGCUAAGGAGGGAGUUGUUGAUGGCAGCCGUGCCAGAAAGAUUGUCCAUGGUGAGUCGGAGGAGGAGCAGGACUCUGCAGACUCCGGGGAAGAUGAGGAAGAUGGUGACGAGUCUGACUUGGCCUCAGCAGGGGUCUGCCCUUGCUUGCCAGAUGCCAAGACAAGGGCGUGGUCCAGACAGGCAUGGUCGAGGCUGGAGCAAGCAGGACAGAAGCAGGGGCGUAGUCCAAACAGGGACUAUCCAGGGCCAUCUUUCACGGGAGGCAAGAGUUCGGAGUCCAGCCUCAAGAAGAAGGUGAUGAAGAGGAAAGGCAAGAUGGACAGUCCCUGGCUGAAACCCACCCGGAAGAGGAGGCGGAGGAGUAAAAAGAAACAAGCUGGUGCAUUGGGUUCGGAAACCUACAAGUCUUCCUUAGAGAGUGGAGAAGGAACUGGGGUGGAGAAUAACAUGGAGUACAUGGAAGUCUCCCUGGAUUCCUUGGAUCUCCGAGUGAAGGGAAUUCUAUCUUCGCAAUCAGAAGGUCUUUCCAAUGGCCCUGAAGCAAUGGAAACAGACAGCCUUCAGGAAGCGCCUCUCUGUAGCUGUCGAAUGGAAACUCCCAAAAGCCGGGAGAUCACCACACUAGCCAAUAACCAGUGCAUGGCAACCGAGAGUGUGGACAAGGAGCUAAGCCGGUGCACAAACCCCGUGCUGAAAUAUGACCUGAUGCGCCCUUCUAACAAAGUCCAGUUCUUGGUACUUUGUGAGGACCACAGAGGGAGGAUGGUGAAGCACCAGUGCUGCCCAGGUUGUGGCUUCUUUUGCACUGCGGGCACUUUCAUGGAAUGCCAGCCAGAAAGCAGCAUCUCCCACCGGUUCCACAGUGAUUGUGCCUCCCAGGUCAAUGGCACAAGCUACUGCCCACACUGUGGGGAAGAGGCCUCGAAGGCCAAAGAAGUGACUAUAGCAAAGGCGGACACAACCUCCACGCUUUCGCUGAGCUAUGAGCUGAAGAAACCUGGGACUUCUGAGGGGAGGGCAGACACGACAACUGGAAGUGGGACUGGAGCACAGCUGUCUGAAGAAGUCCGGUCUGAGACUUCGUCUGCUGAGGGAUUUGACUUGGCCGGGACAUCUGCCUUUCCCAAAUCUACCCCAGCCUGUCUCUCCCAGGGACCAAUGAAAGAAACCUUGGAAAGCGCCUUGAUCGCCCUAGAUUCUGAAAAACCCAAGAAAUUACGGUUUCACUCAAAGCAGCUGUACUUCUCUGCCAGGCAAGGGGAGCUGCAAAAGGUUCUUCUCAUGCUGCUGGAUGGGCUCGAUCCGAACUUCAAGAUGGAACACCAGAACAAAAGGACUCCUCUCCAUGCAGCAGCAGAGUCAGGACACAUGGACGUUUGCCACAUGCUGAUCCAGGCUGGCGCUAAUAUAGACACCUGCUCUCACGACCAGAGGACCCCCCUUAUGGAAGCAGCGGAGAAUAACCACCUGGAGACUGUGAAAUACCUCAUCAAGGCUGGAGCAUUAGUGGAUCCCAAGGAUGCGGAAGGUUCCACCUGUUUGCACCUGGCAGCCAAGAAGGGCCAUUACGAUGUGGUGCAGUACCUCCUGUGCAACGAGCAGGUGGAUGUCAACUGCCAGGAUGAUGGAGGCUGGACACCAAUGAUAUGGGCCACUGAGUACAAACACGUUGAGCUGGUGAAGCUGCUGCUGGCCAAAGGGUCAGACAUCAACAUCCGGGACAAUGAGGAGAACAUUUGUUUACACUGGGCUGCUUUUUCGGGGUGUGUCGACAUUGCGGAGAUUUUGCUGGCUGCUAAGUGUGACCUGCACGCGGUGAAUAUCCACGGAGAUUCCCCACUGCACAUCGCGGCCCGAGAGAACCGCUACGAGUGUGUGGUCCUCUUUCUUUCACGUGGUUCGGAUAUUACCCUGAAAAACAAAGAGGGCGAAACUCCCCUGCAGUGUUCGAGCCGCAACUCUCAAGUCUGGGUUGCUCUGCAACUGAACAAGACCCUCAAGGAUUCGAUUCCUGACAAGCCCGUCCAGGUGGAGAAGAUACUGAGCAGGGACAUUGCCCGGGGUUAUGAACAUAUCCCGAUUCCUUGCAUCAAUUCUGUCGACGCCGAGCCCUGUCCUAGCGACUACAAAUACGUUUCGCAGAAUUGUGUGACGUCCCCAAUGCACAUUGAUAGGAACAUCACUCAUUUGCAGUACUGUGUGUGCAUAGACGACUGCUCCUCCAGCAACUGCAUGUGUGGACAGCUGAGUAUGCGCUGCUGGUAUGACAAGGAUGGCCGGCUCCUGCCGGAAUUCAACAUAGCCGAUCCACCUUUGAUCUUUGAGUGCAACCAUGCCUGCUCGUGUUGGAGGAAUUGCCGGAAUCGUGUGGUGCAAAAUGGGCUCCGGACUCGAUUACAGCUUUUUCGGACGCAGAAGAUGAGCUGGGGCGUGCGGACAAUGCAGAACAUUCCACAGGGGACCUUUGUUUGCGAGUACGUUGGAGAGCUAAUUUCUGAUUCAGAGGCAAAUGUACGGGAAGAAGACUGCUACCUUUUUGAACUUGGCAACAAGAACAAAGACGUGUACUGCAUAGAUGCCCGCUUUUACGGCAACAUCAGCCGCUUCAUCAACCAUUUCUGCGAGCCCAACCUGAUCGCCGUACGAGUGUUCAUGUCCCACCAGGACCUGCGCUUCCCCAGAAUUGCAUUCUUCAGUACCAGGAAUAUCCAAGCGGGAGAAGAAAUUGGGUUUGACUAUGGCGAAAGGUUCUGGCAAGUCAAGGGCAAGUUCUUCAGUUGCCUGUGCAGCUCUCCUAAGUGCAGGUACUCCAGCGCCAUUCUGGCUCAGAGGCAGGCCAGCACUUCCUCAUCCCAGGAGGCAUUGGAGAACAGGCUCCCUGACACGAGCUCUACAAUAGCAGUGGCAACAACCUCAUUUUGAGGGCUUUCUACACACAUAGAAAGAAAAAAGAAACACCACCACAGAUUGUAAGAUAUUUCUUUUUUUAUAUAUUUUCAAGAAAGGAGACUUCCC